AUGAAGCUCAUCGGGACAGCACUGGUGUGUCUGCUGUUGGCUGGGAUGUGGACACUAGAUGUGGACAGCAAGAGCAUGCACGUGUCCUCCUCCAAUUGCUGUUACUACUUCGUGAACAGGAAGGUGGCCCUGAAGGACAUCCAGUGUUACAAAAACACCAGCUCCACCUGCUCCUACAAAGAUGGCUUGAUAUUGAAGCUGAAGAAAGGCAGGGAGAGCUGUGUCUUGAAGAAAACUAGAUGGGUCCAGGACAAUUUAGCGAAGAUGAAACCCUGCCUGCCAAAGGGAGAAUGA